GCUCCCGGCGCCCCGCACCAAAAUGGCCGCCGCGCCCGUCCGUACGGCGGCCCCGAGACGGCAGUUGGUGGGCAUGCUCCCUGCGUGCCCCGCACUGGCAUGGCUGCCGCCUUCACGGGAGCGGCUGUAAUUCUCGGCUUCCGGUCGUUGCCGGCCGGCGCUCAUUUCUCUUCUGGAAGCUUAGUGGAGCCGGGGGAAGGUGCGCCGUGAACGGAGAGAGGGAACCGCGAGCAUCCGCGCCGGCUGCUACCGGGGAAGAUGGCUGAAGGCGAGCGGCAGCCGCCGCCAGAUUCUUCAGAGGACACCCCUCCAGCUACUCAGAACUUUAUCAUUCCAAAAAAGGAGAUCCACACAGUUCCAGAUAUGGGCAAAUGGAAGCGCUCUCAGGCAUAUGCUGACUACAUCGGCUUUAUCCUUACCCUCAAUGAAGGCGUGAAAGGGAAGAAGCUGACCUUCGACUACAAGGUCUCUGAGGCCAUUGAGAAGCUGGUAGCUCUUCUUGAUACGCUGGAUAGGUGGAUUGAUGAGACCCCGCCGGUGGACCAGCCUUCCCGGUUUGGGAACAAGGCCUACAGGACCUGGUAUGCCAAACUUGAUCAGGAAGCAGAGAACUUGGUGGGCACAGUGGUUCCCACCCACCUGGCUGCGGCUGUACCUGAAGUGGCAGUUUACUUGAAGGAGGCUGUGGGGAACUCCACUCGCAUUGACUACGGCACAGGGCAUGAGGCUGCCUUUGCUGCUUUCCUCUGUUGUCUCUGCAAGAUCGGGGUGCUCCGGGUAGACGACCAGGUCGCUAUUGUCUUCAAGGUGUUUGACAGGUAUCUUGAGGUUAUGCGGAAGUUGCAGAAGACAUACAGGAUGGAACCUGCAGGCAGCCAGGGCGUGUGGGGUCUGGAUGACUUCCAGUUCCUUCCCUUCAUCUGGGGCAGCUCACAGCUCAUAGACCACCCCCACCUGGAGCCCAGACAUUUUGUGGAUGAGAAGGCGGUGAGCGAGAACCACAAGGACUACAUGUUCCUUCAGUGCAUCCUGUUCAUCACUGAGAUGAAGACCGGCCCCUUUGCAGAGCACUCCAACCAGCUGUGGAACAUCAGUGCUGUCCCCUCGUGGUCUAAAGUGAACCAAGGCCUCAUCCGCAUGUAUAAGGCGGAGUGCCUGGAGAAGUUCCCUGUGAUCCAGCACUUCAAGUUCGGGAGCCUGCUGCCCAUCCAUCCUGUCACGUCAGGCUAGGAGAGGCCGAGCCACCAGAGCC